AUGGAUUUAAUGGAUUUCUUGGUGUUGUUGGUUGGAUACAAGCGCCAAACAAGGGGCUUAAAGUUCGGCGGAAGUGUCAUCGGAGUUGGUUUGGAGGCAAGAACUUUGGGUGAAGUAGGAUCUCAUAGUAAAGGAAGAUGGAGUCCUGAAGAAGAUAAAAAACUUCAGGAGUGCAAAGCUAAGCAUGGGGAGAGGAGAUGGGAUUUUGUGCCUGCCAAUUCAGGUCUUAAAAGGUCUCCGAAAAGUUGCAGAGAUCGAUGGUUGAGUCCCUUAGCCCCGGAAAUGAAGAUUACGGAGGAAGAACAUGAAAAGCUUUUUCAACUCCACUCGAAAUGGGGAAACAAGUUACUGAAUAGUGAUAUUGGAACUUCAUCUUAUGAACACCAAUUUUAUUCAAUGAUUGCAAGAGAGCUUCCCGGAAGAACUUAUGAGCAAGUGAGAAACUACUAUAGAAUGAUGGAUCGAAAGAAAAGAAAGAAGAGAUCCACUGAGAGUACUGAGGAGCCACGAAAGCCACUAGAAACAAAGGUCACUACCUCAUAUGCGCUUGAGUCUGCUGAUGCCUCAUUCUCUCGCAACAACACUGACAUUUGUAGUAAGUUAGAGUCAGUAGGAAAGCUAAUUCCAAAAGUGAUGCAAAUGGCGCGAGAGCUACUAGAAAUAGAUUAG